UAUGUCUAAUGAAAGUGACGAAAGCGACAGUCCGUUAGAGAGUACCGAAAACUUGCCGGCCGAUCCAGUUUACAGCUUAUUAAAAUAUUCUUCUUAUUUACCAAAGCAAAAUUCAGCGGUUCAUCACGCUUGUUGUCUUCAAAAAUCGGGACAGGCAUCACCAACAAUUUCUCUAGGCUCACCAACAUCCUUAGGUCCGCCAAGCCCAAAAGGUACGGAAGUAAUAGACGAAUAA